UGCGCAGCCGCAGUCUGAUUGUAUGACGCUGGUUUUCGCUGUGUGUGGCUAAUGUUAGCUAACAAACACAGGCUGCAGUGAUGUAGUUCACAGAAGAGCCACUUUAACCUGCGUACACGGGCUAACGUUAGCUAACAAAUGCUAACACAUGCUAAGAGUCUUCGCCGGGCUUGAGGACGCUUCACCGGGGGCUCCGAUCGUCAACCCGCCCGCUCGCUCGCUGGCUACACGCUAGCUAACUCGCUGGUGUGAGGUUAGCGAUGUGCUGCGGUUUGUUUCGGUUAGCCAGCCUAGCCUAUUAGCUUAGCUGCCAGGCUGUGUUGUUUUUUCUGUUCGAGCUGAUACAAACACACACACACACACACACACACACGCACACACACGCCACCGUCCCCGUGUUUGAUGCCGCUGCUGCUGUCAGGAGUCCGGCUAAGAUGUGGCAAAGUGUCGGGCUCACGCUGCUGGUCAUCGUGGCCACGCUGGUCUGUGCGCUGCUCUUCAUGUUGUUUGGUUGGUAUGUAGUCUGGCAGCUCUUCUUAUCCAAGUUCAAGUUCCUGCGUGAACUUGUCGGGGACGCUGGCACCCCGCAGGCUGAAACUCAACCGUCCGAAACCAAGAGCGAACGUACCGCUAACGCCCCGGCUCGAAAUCGGCCCAGGACUGCACGCCAAAGAGUUGCCUCUCCAGAAAGCACUUCGUAGAUCACCCUGACAGCCACUGUGUAUCUGCUCAUGAAACCGGUCUCACCCUGAUGCUACAAACGUCGCGUGUGAUCAUCAGAGAUACUCCCCCGCCAACCCCGCACUCUACACUACUCCCCCCUCACCAGGACACUUUAAACCAACCAGGAAGAACUUCUGGUUUCAAAGGGAAAAGCCAUUAAUGUACAUUGCUGUCCAUUUCUCUAUGUCCUGUGUUCAUAUGUUUAUGUACCGAGCAGUGACACCAGGGCUCCGCUCUGUCCCACAGUCAUCCUGCAGUAGUGACGGCCGGCGUUCAUGAGCUCCCAUGCUGCUUCCUGCCUCUCGGGAAGUGUUAAGCUGCUCCUACACACAAAGAGAUGAAUUCAUUCUCUUGUGUACAUGUUGUAAUCGUGUAUUUUUAGCAGAUGUUGGCAGAAAAACUGUCCACGCUGAGCUCGUCCGCAUCAUUUCAACAAGAACAACUGAAGAUAAACUGAAACCGUGAUAUGUACAACUGACAACUUCACUUUCUGUAAAACAUAGAGCGCAAUGAAGGGACUGUUCACGGUGUCAUUUUGCUGUUCCUCACACAGUGAAUUAUGGGGCAAACUGUCUCGUGAAGUAGAUGAUGCCCAAAGCCUCCAAAAGAAGCUGACAAAUUGUCACGGUUUCAUUUCAGUAAAAAUGGGACCUGUUCUUGCAACUUCUCCUUCACACUUUUUACACAUUUAUACUUGAAGAGUCAGGAGAUUGUUUCGAGGAAGUGACAGUUGGUGUUUAGAAGCUGCUACACGCAUAGUUAGCUGAAGUCUAGGAGAAGAGGCAGAUAAACCUGCACGAGAGAGGUCUGAACCUCCUCCCGCUCCCUGUGCCUCUGUCUGUACCAGUGCCUGUCUCGAUGGCAUCCACUGUUUGUUACCCGGCCUCCAACAGUAACUUAGUGCUCAUUACAGAGCGAGUCGAAGCUGACCAGCGCCUGGUCGAUAUUCCCUCCAGGUACAACUCAUGUAACUCUUGCACCUUCUUAUCAGCGAUGAUUUUUUUUUUUUUCUUCAGAGGAGCUGUAGCCUCAAAUAAAUAAUGCCAUGAAUAUGCUGA